AUGAUUACCAACGCAAUGGAAUUUCCGUGCGUCGAGGCCACUCGUUGUUAUAUUGCAGAAAAGGAGCAUGGUCUGCGUCUGUGCUAUAAUAACCAUAAUGGCAAGAAGCAGAAGGAUGAUGAUAGUAUCGUCGGAACUCUCAGCUUUACGUCGAGCCGGGGUUCGGAAGCCGAAUGGUAUGUGCACAUGGAAACGACUAGUACUCAUUCAUUCUUCCAUGAAGAGACCAAACUGGGACAAGAAGAACGCAUAUUACAAUUGGCACAUUGUCAGACUGGUCACUUCCUUUGUGUCACGAGCGAGGGGGGUGUUGGAAUCCAAGCCAAGCCAUCCAAAGAUACCAAGUGGACAAUGGAGAAUAAUUUUGCUACACUAAAUGACGAUCCAGAUUGCAAGGCAUCCUUUCAUCUUCGAUCGAGUCUGGGAAAGCUGCUUCGGAUAACCAAAUCUGGUCAAAAGAAGAACAAACUAAUACCGGAAGGAUUUCUUUCUCCAGCAUUUCUACAAGGAGGACUGAUUCCCGGAACAACAUGCGAGUAUCAAGUAUCCACUGUUGACAAUGAUGAUUUUGAGGACGAGGACAAUAGUAGUGCCGAAUCAUCAUCCGCGGCUGUCUUUGAACUGGAAUUCACCUCGGGGGAACUUUGUUUUGUAUCCAACCCCGUCCUGCACAGUCAAAUUCGGUGCAAUCCCCUUGGACAAUUGAGCUUGACCCAAAAAUCUGCCUGUCAAGAAGUCUGGCGCUUUAUCGAAGUGGGUAAUGGUGGCGCUCUGGUGAUUGCCACUUGGUCCCACGCCCAAACCUUUUAUCUCAGCAGCGAUGGAGAUGGCAAUGUCUUUACCACCAAGAAUCGACUGGGGCACAAUGAGCGAUGGAAGUUGGAGCGAACCGAAAAUGGUGCUCGGAUUGUCAGUGUGGCCCACAAGGGGCGGUACUUGAGUGUGGGAAAUGAUGAUGGAGAAGCCCUGUUUCGAACCACCACACAACCUAAUGAUUAUGCCAAGUGGCACACGGAGGCGGCCCAUUCGAAUACCUAUCAUUUGCAAUCCAUUUUUGUGACGUCCUUAAAGGAAGAUGCACCUUACAUUUCGAGUGAUCGCAAAGGAAGAGCAUCCCUGAGCAAACACAAACGGGAUUGGGAAGAAUGGAAAUUAGAACGAUUCGAUGACGACUACGUCACCCUCUAUUCCAAAAAGCAUGAACAAUAUUUGGGAAGCAACUCUGUGGGAGAGGUCACGACCACCAAAAAGGUGGGAGAAUGGUCACUUUGGUCCAUUGAACAGUCCACCUAUGGAGGAAUCUAUCUGAAAUCCAAAACCUAUCAACGGCGAUUGGCCGUGGUGGGAGAGGGAGAAAUGUCCACGUUAUGUACGACGAAAGAGCAGUACUCUAGUCACGAAACGUGGAGAUUAGAACCAUGCCUCCCAUUCUUUCUCAGUCCCACCAAGAUUGCUGCCAUGGCAUCGGCCGGAGUACUUGGGUUGGCGCUGACCGUUGCCAUGCCCUAUGCCUUGCUUGGUAUCGUAGAAGUAGGUGCCGCCGAGGCUGCUGGAUUGACAGCACUACGGGUCUUGGUGGGAGCUGGAAUGGUAGGAACGACUGGCGUUUGUGUCGUCGAUACGGACCCAAGUGCGGCCAUGCCAUCCAGCCCCACCGCCAUGGAAGACUAUCUAGUGGCAUCCUGCCGUCCAAUAUGCGCAUGGCAAAAUUGGUAG